AGUGAACUUUGAUACGCUGUAACGGUAACGGUAAUUGACUCGAUGAAAGUACUUCUUAAGUUUAGGCAGGUCCAUUAGAAAAUAAUAAUAAUUGACGAGAUUGUUUCUCUGCAUGAUUUCAAUUAGGUUCUGCAUCUUUCGAAUAUUAUGUUAAGCUGUUGACAGUGAGGAAUAUUUUAAUACACCAAACUGUGUUCAACGCCACCAGUGUCUCCGCUAGGACUAGUGUUCUGUGCUUAUGUGACCAGUGCACGCGUAGUCAGAGACAUUUACUCCUCCUGAUCUACCCGAAUAGAAAAGAAAAAAAAUUCUGUGUUGAGCCACUAUUGUUAUAGUGAAAUUCAUUUCAUCUUCUCAGUCUGAAUUAAGUUUGCCGUUCCACUGAUAAGACUAAAAGGGAGCUGAUAAGACUAAAUCUAAAGUCUAUUCAAUUUAUCAUUAUUGAAAUGCGAAUAACGGUUAAAAUGUUCUUUGGCGAUGAAAAUUAAAUUUAAAUUCAUAACUUAAUUCCAGUUAAUUUUACUAUUUUAUGCCAAAGAGCACAGCUUCAUUUUAUUAUAAAGAUGCACUGGCGAUGGGUGAUAGCGGUUAUGAUAUUUUCCAGUAAUUGUGUGAAUUAUAUGAUGCGGGUUAACCUUAGUGUGAACUUGGUAGCCAUGGUACCAAUAACCAAUUACACAGAAUCUGUAAGUAUGUACAUCAUCUAAAAGAUUAUUUUAUUUGCAAUAUAUAAUACGAUAUAUUUCAUGCAAGUGACGUGAGCAUAAACCACUUAAGUGUGAUUAUAUUGUAAGCGUAAUAAAACCUCUAUUGAGGAAACGUGUUAUUGCCAGUAUUAGAAUUACAAACGAAAACGAAAAGAAUGACUUCUCUAUAGAUAUUUUUUAUGUUUAAGUAACGAACAUUUAUUACCACAUUUAGUCAUUAAUAUUUUUGAUAAAAAGUUGUGUAUUGAUUUCUGAAAUUAUAAAUAUUUCUUGGAAAAGAAUAUAUAGACUUAGAAUUUUUUUCAUUGUUGAGUGAUAGCCUAGAUUGCUCUUGGCCGAUUUCACACCGAAAGGUGAAUAUUUUGAUGGCCUAUAUAUUUUUUAUUCUGGACAUUCCCCAUCCACUAGUUUGAACAGUUAAACAAGAUGGAGUAAAUCCCUUCGUUUUUUAAGGCUAUUCAAUUAAAAUGAUUUUGCCGAUCUUGAUAAACUAGUAUGUAUUUAAAUAUAUUACACUGUUAUCGAAAUCAUCAAUCAUCAUUUAAACAAAAUCAUCGGUUCUAACUGUUUCUUCUUCUUCGUAAUGUCUUAACCGGUUCAGUGCGGGUGACACGCCAGGCGUGCCAUCGAUUACUUUUGUGUGUGUGUGUGUGUGUGUGUGUGUGUGUGUGUGUGGUGUAUGACACGCGAGUCGUGUCUUUUUAAAAAUCGUUAUAAAAUCGCUCAAAUUGCUUUUUUGGAAAAUUUAUCCAGAACAAAAUAUUCAUUAUAUUGCGAGUAGUUCAUGCAUGCAGCUUCGUUUCUCGAUAUUUUGAAAAUUUUAAAUUUUUAGGGGUUGACAACCUUUUUUAACGUGUACAUGGUACUAUUUUUACUUUAUGGGUUUUAAAUCAUGUUAUGGAAAAAUUGUCUAAUAAGUAACAAAUAAUAGCACUCAUUGCGAUCGCUCACAAACUCAAGUUGUAAAUAAAUUUCUGGAAAACAAAUCUCCUGUCAAAAAAAACAAUGCGUUUGUCUUAUUGUUUAAUUUUGCCUGGUAGAGCCAUGCUGCAGCUAUAUUAUGGUUGUAGCACGAAUGGAUCGAUAUAAAUAUCGAUAAAAUAGCAGCUUAACGCUGCUGUGUUUCGUAUGGUGAGUGUAGAGAACCGGAGACCCUUUUUACUGGCAAAGAGGCAUUCCAUCUUAGUCCUUACGGGUGACAACGCAUCUGCAUCUUGAGUCUUUAUUGAGGAUUGAUGUAGAUGUCUAUGGGUCACAGUAACCACUUACCAUCGGGUGGACUGUGUGCUCGUGUCACCCGAUCCUGUAAAAAAAAAUUUUGCUUAAAAUGGUUGAACUGCCGUCUUAUUACUAUCAUAUGGCCGAAUAGACCUACGAAGUACCAUGUGCUCUUGUGAUAUGGUAUAAGGUUUAUUUUUGCUUGAAACAGUUCGAAACCGUUCAUGCAUAAAAAAAGUUCGCUAAUAAAUAGUCUUUUGUCAAUCCGUCGCCGUAUAGUGCCGGCGUUUUUUUCCUUUUGAAAACACUUGUUUUGCUAUUCUUACUAAUUAGACGUUUUCAGAUCGACAUUACUUUUACAUUUGUAUAACAUUAAAUAAUAUUUAACAUUUGUAAAUAUCAAUGAAUAAUAUACCUUACUUUUUUUUCAAAUUAAGGUUCUUCAUUGUUUGAUAUUUACAAAUGUUAUUAUUAGGUGAAAAUUUAAUUUAAUAAAAACCAAGGUUUCCAGUGUGAUUUAGCUGUACCUACUUAUAUAAAUGAUUUUUUAUAAGAACAAAAAAAGAGUACAAAAGGUUUGUAAUCUCUUCAUAAAAAAAGUCACUUUCUCUCAAUUUCAAAGAAAACGCGUAAAAUAACACGUAGUUACCAACUAAAAACAAGUAUCCUUCCAUUUGUAACUUAUGUUUGAUGUCAAAUAAACUUAAUUAGGUCUAAACAAGUAAAAAAAAAACAUAAAAAAGAACAUUACUUUUACACAUGGCGGAUGGCACAAUAGGCGUGUCAUUUUUGUCUGUAGCGCUUGACACGCCCGGCGUGACAUGAAAUAUUUGUUCGCCGCCACAGCUAAAAGUUGUCGAAAAUUGGUGCCGCAACGAAUCGGUUAAAGCAUAGAACAACAAAAUAAGCUUAAAAUUAACUAUUAACAAUUUGGUCUAGGUCUAUGGAUGGACCCAUCCAGGAAUACUGUGUAAUUUCACUCUGUCGCUUCUUACAACACCCACGGGAUGAUGAAACUGUGUAUUCUUAAACCACCACUACACGUUGUUUCAGAAUUUCGCAUAAUUAUAUUAAUAAUAACCCACACGUACUUGUACUUCAAGCACAAGAGAGAACGGUAUGCUGAAGGCCGGGAAAAUCGAAAUAGGGAAACGGAACCCAAGGGUCAACAGUUGACCGAGUUCAUGGAGAAGGUGACGGUUCUACAAAAAAAUAGACUGACUUUAAUAUAAAAACCUGUCGGCAACUAUUCAGAGCUGUCUCAGUGAUCGUGAAGGUGAAAUCCGACACCAUUCCGAUAAUAUCCCGGACGUCAUUUUUAAUGAGAUCAGAGUGGCUCUCCGGUAUUUUAAAAACGGCAAAGCUGCGAGCGAGUAUAGAUUUAUAGCGGAACUUCUGAAAGCUGGCGAAAAUGCAGAACUUUAAGUCCUUCAAAAACUUUUCAAUUUCGUUCUCCAUGGUCGCACUGAAGAACUCCAAAUCAAACGUGCUAUUUUCGAGAGUCGUUACGAAUCGUCCAGUACGCAGACUUGACAACUUCCAGUCUGCCGAACAAGCUACGAUCCAGAAACGAAGCACGGUUCGGCUGGUACAUUUUGAAACAAAUUUCCAAAGUGAAGCGAUUGAGAAGCGCAGGGAAGAUUUUGAUAUCUUGUUUUCCCACUUUGACUCAAUCAAGUCAAUUUCUCUUCGAAAUCGAAUUAGCAUCAAUACCAUUACCAUUUAUUCAUUCAUUCAUUACAACAAGUCAUAAGUCCACUGCUGAACAUAGGCCUCUCCCAAGGAAAUCAAGGAAUGCAACAAAGCACGGUCCUGAGCCACCUGCAUCCGUUGACUUCCUGCAUGUCUUACCAGUUUGUCAUUCCAUUUAGUUGCCCUGCACUUCGCCCGCCGCUAUGAGGCUGCCACUCGAAAACCUUUCUUCCCCAUCGGUUGUCGGUUGUCGGACAGCACACGGCUUUUCGGUUAUCCUCCUUACAACCCUGAUUAUGCACCGUGUGACGUCUUUUUAGUCUCCAACAAAAAAUCAGUUAAAGUUUUCAUCACUAGAAGAUGCGCUAACAGCGCCCGAGUUGGCCAUAGAAGAGAUGUCUGGGGUGGACUAGAAAAAGUGAUUCAAAAUAUUCUUUAUAAAAAGUAUGAACAUUUGUUUAAAUAUUGGUGGAAAGUUCUUAGAAAAGUUUUUAUAAUAAAAGCUUUAAUCAUAGAACUUUUAUUAGUUGCGCAAAAGUUUCUGAGUGGCCCACGUACGUUUUAAUUUACUUCAUUCUGGUUACAGUUAUGCAUUAUGAAAGCCGUAUAUUAAUUUCAUAACAUUAAAAUUUAACAAAUUAUAGGUUUCACAAGUGGUGCUGGACUGGACACCAUACCAGCGGGCCUACAUUCUUGGUGGCUACUUCUGGGGUUACUUAGCGGGGAAUUUAUUUGGCGGACCUUUAGCAACUCAACUUUGGGGUUCACGUCGCGUGAUUUUCUGCACCACGCUAUUCAGCGCCAUACUGACGCUACUCAGCCCUGCAGCUGCCAAGCAUAGUUUUGGCACGAUGUUAGCUCUAAGAAUUCUGCUCGGGUUCUCCGGGGGAUUUUUAUUUCCUGCGAGCUAUUCGCUGAUAGCCAAUUGGGCAGUCCCUACUGAAAGAGGCAAGUUUGUCGGUGCUUUGAUCGGGGGUUCCAUCGGUACCUUUAUUACAUGGUCACUAUGCGGAUUGUUAAUUGAGUCUUUUGGAUGGGAGUGGGGGUUUUACGCGUUUGGAAUUUUUGCGUUAUUAUGGACAAUAAUUUGGUGGUUUUUGGUAUACGAUUGCCCAGAAGUACAUCCUCUUAUUUCAGCAUCUGAGAAAGAAUAUAUUUGCGAUGGCAUUAAAAUAACGAAAAAAGGAAAUGUUUCACCACCAAUACGACAAAUGCUUACGUCUGUUCCGGUAUUGUCCUUAUGCGUUAUGAGCUUCGGCACUGGUUGGGGAGUUUACUUCAUUAUAACUGCCGCACCAAACUACCUGGCAAACGCUCUUGGAUUCAGGAUAACCGCAACUGGUGUGCUAUCUGGUGUUAUAUAUUUACUGAGAUCCAUCUGCAAUUUUUUGUUCGGAUAUCUUGGAGAUAUCGCAUUAAAGAGGAAGCUGUUGUCAUUGCGAGUGUUAAGGAAGGUCGCGAGUAUUUUUUCACACGUGAUACCGGGCUUGUUACUCGUGAUUCUGGCGAUACCAGCAUUUUCUUCGACUGUAUAUUUGACUAUAAUUAUCACAGCCAUGGCAAUAAAUGGUUUUGUAACAUUAUCAAGCGGUGCUAACGGAUACGACUUAACGAACAAUUUUAUCGCUCAACUCGGUGGUCUAGUAACAUCCUUAAUAACGUUUGCUGGAAUAAUAUCACCCAUAAUUACAGCGUACUUUACUAAGUACAACGAGGUACAUGUAGAAGCAUGGCAGCCAGUGUUUUACAUUUCAUCAUCCGUACUCGUUGCUUCGGGUUUACAAUUUAUUAUAUUUGGCUCUACAGAAAUACAACCGUGGAACGAAAUCAAAGAGACAGUGAGAGAGAGAGAGCGAGAGCGAGGGCGAGAGAGCGAGAGAGAACAACUAUAAGCAUUAAAUAAAUUGAAGGCCGCAAAUCUCAAGAUCAAGGGAGCAAACCUACGGAGUGUUGAGUUUAUAGUAGAGUAAAUUUAAUAAAACGACAU